AUGUAUAUUCAAGGCCAGAUGAUGAAAUUGGAAGCAUGGUCCCCAGCAUUCAAACCAAACGAAGACUCUCCCAUUGUGCCAAUAUGGGUGGUGAUCCCAGAACUGCCAUGGAAUUUAUACUACAUGGAAAUCCUCACACCUCUGUUGUCUCCUAUAGGCAAAGCUCUAUACUUGGACCUUGCAUCUUUCCAUAAAACUAGGGGAAGUGUGGCUAAGAUCAAGAUUCAAAUUGAUCUAACCAAGGAAAGACCCCAUCAUGUCUGGCUUGGAUAUGAUAAGGAACAGGAUGAAAAUGGUGAUGGAGAAUGGUUGGAAGUCCAAUAUGACAAUGUGCCUGCCUAUUGUUCUCACUGUAGGCACCUGGGUCACUCUGAAUAUACCUGUGAAAUCAGACUAAAAGAAGAAGAAAAAAGAAGAAAAAGGAAGAAGAAAACAAUGCAGCAGGUAACUCCCAAUCCACCAACAACAAAAAGUCCAGAGAUGAAGCAGGAACUAGCAAGAAUCCAAAGAAGGAACAGGGGAAAUACCACCACCAGCUACUCAAGAUCAAAGAAAAAAUCAAACGACAGUACAACACCAAAAGGUAGCAGAACAUCAAAAUGUUGUAGUUGUGACAACAGAAGAGGAAUGCAUCAGAUUGCUCCAAAUGCCACUCAACAACAGGCACCACAACCACCUCAACCAUCAGUUAAUGGAGGCAAGGAGAAUUGUCAGGAGUUACCUAUAGCUAAGCAGGAAGGGGUACCAAAAGGGGAGGGGUUUCCUCAUGUUCAGCAUGGGUGUGCUGAGGCACCAUUGAUUGACCAUAGGACUGACCUCCCAUCCCCUGCUACCAUAGUCAAUAAUUCAGGCAAGCAACAGGCUCAUCUUUCUGAAAAUGUGAUUGUUGAAGAGGAUUCUGAGUCCUCCACCUCUGAUGAGAAAACCUCUGCACAAAUGAAAGUAUUGCUCAAAGGAAAAGCCAAAGCUGCAGCUGACUUUCAAAUACCAGUUCAGACUCAGAAAUCAAAAAACAAACCCAGUCAGAAAAAGAGGAAAGCUAUGAGCAACACAAAUGCAGGCAUCAGCAUAAAUGAACCACCAGAUGAAUCCCAAUUUUAG